AUGGCUUCACCCGAUCCUGACUCCUUGCAAACCAUCAACCACCCCUCUUCACCUGUCAACUCCAACAGCCUUUCUGCGCCUCAAAACGGGAUUCUGACGUCCACAGGUCCUCAGCAGACACGUAAACCCGCCCCACCUGCCAAUGACGGGGCUCCAUCGCAGCGUCUGACAUUCGACCCAAAGUCGCUUCUGAAUCCCAAAGGCGCCUCGAAGAACGCCGACACGCCAGGCGAUGGAUCCUCCACCGACGCAGCUGUGGAAGCCGACGGCAGCGAAGGUAACACUGGAUUUGGCCAAAUGAUCGAAAAUCUACACGGCGUCAUCGAACGCGAGGAUGUAUCAGCGAAGAAACGCAAGGCUCGAACCAUCGAGGACGGCGAAUCUGAUGAGGAGCGGAAGAAGCAGAAGGCGAGUUCCUUACGCUCAUCCGGUGGAGGCACAAUCAGCGCUCACAUGAAAGAGCAAAGUGCGAAGAUCGCUGCUUCGGCGCAGUCCUCACAGACCAUUGACCUGACCAACGACGACGAUGAGGUUCAACUCGUGAAAGAUGCCAGCAGCAAAGGAGGUACUGAAGAGGUCGUUUGCCUUGGAAUUCUGCAUGGUAAGGCCAAUGCCUCGAGAAUUCCAGCAUACCCUCCAAACAAGCAGCGUGUCAUCAAGGAUUACUGGCCCCCGAUGAAGGUCAAGUUCCAGAGAGCAUCAAUCGACCCCAGAAGCAUGUUGAUCCAUCUGUUCGACAAUCAUCAGGACAAGUUCGCCACGCUAGAUUCCAAACUUGCCUCUGCACUCUGCCCGAUGCUGUCGGCUUCGGACGUUAAUGGCAUUCGGCUCAAGAUCUUUCUGAAGCAGCGAGCUAAGAAGGAAGGGGAGUACAUGGGCAAGCCGGUCUCAGAGAGCAUGGGGCUUCAGAUUGAAUUAUCCUCUCCACGCAACAAGGCAGACGCGAUUGGUCGCUUCCUCUCUCAGAAACAGCUGUUUUUGACAGCAGCACCUAACAGAGAGCGCUACGACCCGCAAGCUCCCCAGAAUUUCGGACCGUCGAAAUCUACCCAAAACAAAGGACAGUCCACGACGUACACGGUCCAACGAACUCAAGAGGAGAUGCGCCGUGAACAGGACGCUCUGUUCGACGAGUUGUCCAAGGCCGGGGAGAAUCUACCGAGCAUGGAGGCAAACUCCAACAUCAUCACUUCCCAGCUUUUCGAUCAUCAAAAGCAGGCCCUUCAUUUCCUCAUGGAUCACGAGCGUGAUGACUUUGAGGGCGAUGACCUGCCUGCCCACUCGCUGUGGGAAUACAGGGCGAAGGACAAUGGUCAGCGCUCCUGGUAUCACAAGAUCACGUAUGAAGAAAGCGCACAAAAGCCUGAUUACGUUCGAGGAGGCAUUUUGGCAGAUGUCAUGGGACUGGGCAAGACUUUGAGUAUCCUGGCUUUGAUUGCACAUACUGUAGAUGAUGCGUUCCGAUUCCAUCGGGAGGAUCCACCUCCGUCUGCGGAUGUCAUGAGAAACGCUAGGGCCACGCUCAUCAUAUGUCCGAAGUCAGUCAUGUCGAACUGGGCAGCACAAAUCGAACAACACACUGCAGCGGACAAGAUGCAAGUCUAUCAAUACCACGGAGCCAACCGCAUGCAAGACUUCAACAAGCUCGCUCGACAUCAUGUCGUCCUUACCACAUACAAUACAUGCGCCGCUGAAUUCAGCGAUGGCAUGCGCAAGAGAACCGCUCUGAACUCCGUAAACUGGUUUCGCAUUAUCCUCGACGAAGCGCAUACCAUUCGUACGACGGAUACGAAGAUGUUCAAGGCAUGCUGCGCUCUGGAUGCACAGCGCCGUUGGGCAGUCACUGGAACUCCAGUGCAGAAUAGCCUGAAUGAUCUAGGCUCUCUCGUCAAGUUUCUCCGACUUCAUCCAUUCGACAAUCAUGCCAAGUGGACGCAACACAUCAUGUCUCCAUUCAAGCUGGGAGACGCAGAUGUCAUUCCAAAGCUCCAGAUCUUGGUCCGUUCUAUCACCUUGUGCCGUGGAAAGGAGACCAUAGGCCUGCCUGAUCGAACAGAGACAUCCGUGAAGCUUCAGUUCAGCAAGGCCGAGGCACUGUUGUACAGACAAUUUGCGUCGGCAGGAAGAAGCCAAUUCAACAACAUCACCCACGGUGGCACUACAGCACUGAAAGGCAAGGCGUACGCCCACGUUCUCAAGUCCAUUGGUCGGCUCCGUCAAAUCUGCGCCCAUGGACGCGAGAUGAUCACAGAUGAGGAUCUGAAGGAUGUCGAAGGAGAUGACCCGGAAAAUGCCAUUGUGCUUGACGCGGGUGACGAGCCAGAGCUGGAGCCCGAGGACGAGUUCGUGAGUGAGAAGCAAGCCUACGAAACAUUCACUACGAUGCAGGACAGUGAUGUCGACCGGUGCCAGGCGUGUGAUCGGAAGCUGGAUGCAGAGCGAACACUGCCAAAUGGGGCUACAGAUCUCACUGGUCAAGAUAGCAGCGACUCUGACGACGACUCGGGUAGCGAAGAGGAAGACGGAGACGAAAAAGAUGGCGCUGAUCUUGUCGGACAUCUUACGCCUUGCUACCAUCUCCUUUGCCCCGACUGCUCGAAGGAGUAUGUCAACGAAAUCAGCAAGAUCACGACCGCUGAUCGCCAUUAUCACUGCCCUCACUGCGACUUGUAUGUGAGGUUCGGUCUAUUUGCACUUCGUCGCUCGGCCCUGCGCCAGUUUGUCGCGGCUCGUGAAGCUGCUAAGAAGACCGGAACGGCCAAGUGGGACGAGGCUACAUACAGCGGACCUCACACGAAGGUCAAGGCGCUCCUAGACGACCUCGCGGAAUCGGCUCGUGAGACCUCUGAACUUCCGCCAGGAGAGCCACCUGUCCGCUCUGUCGUUUUCAGUGGCUGGACAUCAUACCUGGAUCUCAUCGGGUAUGCGUUGACGAAGAACGGCAUCCGCUUCACUCGCAUUGACGGCGCCAUGUCCGUCAAGAAGCGGACACAAGCAAUUGAGACCUUCAACACUGAUCCCGACGUCACUGUCCUCAUUGUUUCGAUCAAGGCAGGUGGACAAGGCCUCAAUUUUACCGCCGCAAACAAGGCAUACGUCAUGGAGCCUCAGUACAACCCCGGUGUGGAGCAGCAGGCAGUCGACCGAAUUCAUCGCAUUGGUCAGAACCGUGAGGUCACGAUCAAGCACUUCAUCAUGCAGGACUCCAUCGAGGAGGCAAUUGUCAAACUUCAGAAGAGAAAGCAGAAGUUGGCGCAGCUCUCGAUGAGCAAUAGGCGCAGCAAGGCUGAGGAAGCCAAGGAGCGAAUGAUCGAGAUUCAGGCGCUCUUCAAGUGA